GUGGCGGCGCUCAAAUUCUACAAGAGGUUCAUCUCGCCACUGAUCCCGCCAGGCUGCCGCUUCAUACCCACGUGCUCCGAGUAUGGACAGCUGGCCUUCAGGCAGUAUCCGCCGCUGCAGGCUCUGGUUCUCACCGCGUGGCGCCUCGUACGCUGCAACCCUCUCCAU